GCAGCGAGUGCUGUGGAAACGGUUUGGUCCUGCCCAUGCCCUGCCGAGACUUCGGAGGCCGGCCGGCGAGCGGCGGGUCAGGCUGGCCCACGCGCGUCCUCUGCCCUGCAGGCCCCAGGCCCAUGUCUGCCUCCACGGCAGAUGCGUCUCGCAGGCGGCGGGAGAAGCGGCGGCAGCUGGACGCGCGCCGCAGCAAGUGUCGCAUCCGCCUGGGCGGCCACAUGGAGCAGUGGUGCCUCCUCAAGGAGCGGCUGGGCUUCUCCCUGCACUCGCAGCUCGCUAAGUUCCUGCUGGACCGGUACACUUCUUCAGGCUGUGUGCUCUGUGCAGGUCCUAAGCCUUUGCCCCCCAAGGGUCUGCAGUAUCUGGUGCUCCUAUCUCAUACCCACAGCCAAGAGUGCAGCCUGGUGCCUGGGCUGCGGGGGCCUGGGGGCCAAGAUGGUGGGCUUGUGUGGGAGUGCUCAGCAGGCCACACCUUCUCCUGGGGCCCCUCUUCAGGCCCCACACCUCCAGCGGAACCCAAGCCAGCCCUCCUUCCAAGUACUUCCCAGAGAAGCUGGUGCCCAGAGGCCAGGGGUGGGCAGGAGCCUGCAGGUUUGGAAUCUGAGCAUGAGGAGAGGACUCAGGAGGAGAGGUUGCCCAGGGGAAUGGGACCCCCACGGGAGUCCUUCCUGCCCCCAGGAGAAGACGAGGAGGAGGCUGAAGAUGAAAGUGAAGAGGAGAUGCUCAGUGAUGCCAGCCCGUGGACCUACAGCUCCUCCUCAGACAACUGUGAGCCAGAUGCCCCCAGACCACCCACUUUCCCUGUCACCCAUGCACUUAAGGAGGGAGAAACACCUCUGGCCCCUGCAGCUGCCCCUGCUUCUCUUGCUGUACCACCCAUAUCAGCAUCCUCAUUGGGUUCUGGAGCUCCUGUGUCUGUGGAAGGCGGGGUACAGUCAGAGCUCGAUCAGACCCCUCAAGUGGCCCAGCAAACUGAGCCCCUGGCCAGCCCUGGGAGUCAGGUCCAGUCUGCUUUGGCUGUAGCCUGGGAUGAGGACAGUGCACAGAUUGGCCCCAAGAGAAUUCGGAAAGCUGCCAAAAAGGAGCUGCUGCCUUGUGACUUCCCUGGCUGUGGAAGGAUCUUCUCCAACCGGCAGUAUUUGAAUCACCACAAGAAGUACCAGCACAUCCACCAGAAGUCCUUCUCCUGCCCAGAGCCAGCCUGUGGAAAGUCCUUCAACUUCAAGAAACACCUGAAGGAGCAUGUGAAGCUGCAUAGUGACACCCGGGACUACAUCUGUGAAUUCUGCGCCCGGUCUUUCCGCACCAGCAGCAACCUGGUCAUCCACCGGCGCAUCCACACUGGAGAGAAACCCCUGCAGUGUGAGAUUUGCGGGUUCACCUGCCGCCAGAAGGCCUCCCUGAACUGGCACCGGCGCAAGCAUGCAGAGACAGCAGCCACCCUGCGCUUCCCUUGUGAGGUCUGCGGCAAGUGCUUUGAGAAGCCAGACAGCGUCGCAGCUCACUGCAGCAAAAGCCACCCGGCCCUGCUCCUGGCCCCAUCAGAACAGCUCAGCCCAGUGGAGCCCUGUUCCAGCAUCUCUGCCCCUGCAUUCCUGGGGUCCAGUGAAGGGUGCAGGCCCGCUCAGAUUUCUCAGGCUGUGACCCUGCUUCCUAAGCAGUGACAACAGUGACUGAAGAGAAGAAAGGCCAGCCGCCUGGUCCCUGGGAACUAGAGUGAUGGGGAGUGCAGGACAUGGGCAGGACUGGACUCCAGGCAGCAAGGCUGUAGUAGUCUUUCUACAGGACAGAAUAAAGCCAGUGUUUUACCUCGAA